AUGGGAGUGCCUUACCGUGGAUCCCACUUAUGGAGCGGGACCAAACUACGUCUUCUCGGUACAACCCCAUUGAGGACCCUGACUCGACUCUGCUUCUUGGCCGCGGGACAUUACACGAUUCCAAUGUGUCCCCGGCCCUGA